AUGGCGCUGGCGGAAAAGCGGUUAAGGAUGAUUUUAUACUUAUUAAAUCUGCCUGCGAGUUCUGAUCCCAGCUUUGUCGAUGCUUCUGGAUACAAGUUCAAGGAAAAGGACUUCAAGUCGAAGGUCAAAGUGAAGAAGCCGUCCGCGAAGCUGCUAAAUGGCCUUACGGAGCAGAACUCCAAAGAUGAACAAGACUCGCGAGGCUCUUCGUCGCCCAUACUACCAGAAAUGGAUUCCAGCACAAUGGCAGCUUUCCCUACUGGCAAACCGAGAGAAACCAAGCUCGAGACGGUGAUAUGCAAGCACUGCAAGAAACCAGCCCUUAAGCAGUCGGCAGCAGAGCAUAUACGUGCAUGUUUAAAAGCGAAGCAGGAAAAGGCUCGGAAGAAGAAAGAGGCUCGAGAAGCCAAGUUAACCAAGGAUAAGCCGGUGGAUAAGGAUGGCAAUGAAGAUGCAGAGGGAGAAGUCGUUGCCAUGAAGGGCCAGAAGAGCGCGAAGAAGAGUGCUGCCGAUGAUGCAAAGAAGGGGAAGAAGAGGAAAGUCGACGUAGACGAGGACAAGGAACCGAAGAAGAAGAAAAAGAAAGACGAGCCGAAGCCGAAAGUGCCAAAGCCCAAGGGACCAGUAGACGUUGAGAAGCAGUGUGGUGUGAUUCUUCCAAAUGGAGCUCAGUGUGCGAGAUCGUUGACGUGCAAGAGUCACUCUAUGGGUGCAAAGAGAGCGGUUCCCGGACGGUCUCUGCCCUACGACAUGCUGCUGCAAGCGUACCAGAAGAAGAACCAGGCUCGCCAGCAGAAAGCCGCUAUCGAUGCCAACGCGCCCAUCCACGACGAUAUCGACGGAAACGGACCCAUCGACUCAGACGAGGAAAAGGAUGCAGUCAUGGCUGGGCUGGCACGAUCUCGUCCACAACCACUCGUUACUCACCCACUCAUGUCAACCCAGCGCAAGUACCAUCUCAUACGGAUGAAGGAAAUGUUUUCUCAGGCCCUCGGUGGCGGCGGAGCAGGACUAUUCUCCGGAGAUUCCAUCUUCUCUGGACGCAGUCUGUUCUCCCGGUCAGAGUCGCCUCCGUUUGCGUCUUCUGGAGCCGGUAACACUGCAGAUAUCUCCAUACAACAGCCGCAAGACGGCUCUAGGAAGUCUUCUCUAUCACAGCAAGCUGUUCAAAACCGGACAGCCCAGGCGGGAGUGCCGGUCAAACCAGUCACGGCUUCUUGA